CCUCUACACUACCGCUCCUGAUAUAUGGCAAACACACAGACGCACACGAGUUGAAUACCACACACUGUGCGGGGGCAUCUUCUUGAACCUAUGACGCACGGAGAGAAAUAGUGGGAAAUCACCUUACACACGCAUCUUCUGUAUGGCCAAUGAAAAGCAACGAUUAGAGAUUCACGAGAGAUUUAGACGUUCACUUGCUUUGUCUGAGAAUUGGUGACUUGCAGAUACACCCAAACGCUCACCCAUCCACCCACUCACUCAUUCUCCCAUUCACCUACUCACCCACCCACCUGUUAAUUCACUCACCUAUUCACUCAUCCACCCAUUUGCCAAUCCCAUAGCCCACUCACGCACUCAUCCUCCUAUUCCUCCAUCAAGCACGCACUCACCCAAUCUUUCACCCACCUAUUUACCCACCAAAUUUACUCAUUCCUUCACCCAGCCACUCACUCACGAACUCACUCACCCAUCCAUUCACCCACUCACCCUCCCACUACAGGAAGUUUAAAGUUCGGGCAAGGCGAGGUUCUAUGUUCUGUGGUUUGGUCUUCCUAGCGCUGGAUAACUCCACAACAAUGGACAACUCCACUACGGGCUCGCUAUGCUCCCUCCACUACGAGAACUACAACUGCACGGGGCCCAGUCUGUCCGAGGAGGACCGCAUCCUCACGCUGGCCAUCAUCAUCUUCUUCAUCAUAGCCACCAUCCUUGGCAACCUCCUCAUCAUCGUAGCCAUCGCCUUCUUCAGGCAGCUGCAGACGCACGCGAACAUCCUGGCGCUGUCGCUUGCUGUGUCCGACUUCUUCAUCGGCUUGCUAAUCAUGCCCUUCCGCAUGAUGCACGCCGUCUACCAGUGCUGGUUCUACGCCUCCUUCUUCUGCCACCUGCACUACUUCCUCGACUACACGCUCACCACCUCCUCCAUCAUCCACCUGAGCUGCAUCGCCUACGACCGCUACGUGGCCAUCUGCGAUCCACUGCGCUACCCGACCCGGGUCACGGACCGCACCGUGGCCGUGAUGCUGGCGCUCUGCUGGAUCGGCGCGGCGAUCUUCACCACCCCGGCGCUGCUCAGCCUGAGCCCCACGCUGUCUCGGGGCACGAUCGAGCGAGGAGGCUGUCCAGACAACUGCAUGUUCAUCGUGAACCUGGGGCUGCACUUCGCCUACGGCAUGUGCCCCUAUUUCCUCUCAAUGUUUAUCAUCCUGCUGAUCUACUCCAAGAUAUACCGCGUGGCCAGGAGGCAAGCUCGGAGGGUCACAGCUGACCGGUGGAAAUCAACGAUGAAACGAGAGCACAAUGCCGCCAAGACCCUGGGCAGCAUCAUCGGGUGCUUCAUGCUGUCGUGGCUGCCCUACGACAUCCUGGUGAUCAUAUUUCCUUUCUACAAAAACACGUCGGUUGCCUACGAGGUCGUGUGCUGGAUCGGCUACAUCAGCUCUACCGUCAACCCGAUCCUCUACGCGUCCAUCAACCGCCCGUUCCGAAUGGCGUUCGGUCGGAUCUUGCGCCUGGACUUCUUCUCUGCAGAGGCCAGGCACCUGGAGCUGUCCAAGCACUAGGCGGCCGGGAGAUUCACGGUCACUGGUGCCCAGUGUGAAAGCUCGUCCUUUCCUUUGUGCGUGCGAAAACAUGUUUAUCAGCCCGUGGCCCGAACAUGCGAAGGGGCAGUGGAGUCCGUACCUAGAAAGGGCAUCAGACAGGAAGGAAGGAAAAGGGGUGGGGGAAGUGUAAGAUGAGCGAAAGAAUGCCCGAACUGAAUUCUCUGAGAAAGACAAAGAUGGCAUAGAAGAGAGGAUGAAGGAGCGCUGGGUAGGUAGGGGAGUAGGAGGGGGGAGAAUGAAUGACCGGGCCAAGAUGUCGGGAAUAAUGAGCGGGUAAUGAUUACAAUGAGAAUGGAGGGAAGAGAGAGAGAGAGAAUAGAGAAGAAAGGAGCAUGCAACAGAGAGCUGCAUGGAGAAGGAGCAGCGUCUGUUUUUGCGGGGAGCGUGGCUAUACAAGCCACGUGGUUACUGGAGGCUUGAGCUGCUUGAGGUGUAGAGAAGUGAUGACGUGCUGAAGUUUUUGUGUGUUAGUCUCUCUCUCUCUGUCUCUCUCUCUCUCUCUUUGCGUCUGACCUCGCUCUUUCUCUCGAUGUCAUGUGACACAGGGCUCCUCACUCU